AUGAUAGGCUAUUUCCCAGAUGGCGGUACAGGUAAUCCAGUCGAUCCAGUUUAUCAAAGCUCGACCUCUACCAGCAACACUACUGGUUCAACCGCCAAUAGUGGAACCAAUACCAAUACCAACAACUCUAACGAUACCAACAACUCUAACGAUACCAACAACUCUAACGAUACCAACAAGGAUAACAACAGAUCUUCCGGAGCUACUUUUGGUCAGAAGUGA